AUGACAAAUUUCUAAAUUGCUUACCCUGCACAACGAGCCCUAGUGAUCUAAUCGCACCUGGACAUAUUAUUAAUAUAAUAAUCCCUAAUAAAUAGGUAAUUGAUUAACUUUAUAUUAAAAGAAACCACUCGGUGUGUUAUCUCUGCAGAUCCGAUUCGGAAGUCUUUGGUGUCUGUUUGGUUAUUGACAGAAAGUUUAACGAAGGAAAACUGAGUGUGUUAGGAGAUGAAUAUUUUUGCAAAAAGUCGGAAAGGCAUGUGAAGAAAACGUCGGGGUUGAGACACCGUUCAAAUGGAUGAGCGGUUGUGCCCCAUCAGUAUAUAAUAAAUAUGGAGAAAUACACAUUUCAGUCCUCUCGUGAAGUUUCAAAUGAGGCUGUCCAAGUAGUAGUGAGAUGCAGACCUAUGAAUGAGAGAGAGACUGCAGAUGGCCAUCGAAGGGUUGUGGAUGUUGAUCCAUCAAGAGGUGUCAUAGAAAUAACAGAUCCCAGGGAUGAAACUAAUACUCGAAAGAAAGUUUUUACAUUCGAUGCUGUCUACGAUUGGAACUCUCGGCAAGAAGACUUAUAUGAAGAGAUUGUACGCCCACUUGUUUCUUGUGUGCUUGAUGGAUUCAAUGCCACAAUAUUUGCAUAUGGGCAGACUGGUACUGGCAAGACAUAUACAAUGGAAGGGUCCCGGCUGAAUCAGACUGAGAAAGGAAUAAUACCCCGUUCAUUUGAUCAGAUAUUUAGUCACAUUGCCCGUUCCUCAAAUAUGGAAUAUUUAGUCCGAUCCUCAUAUUUGGAAAUCUAUCAAGAAGAAAUAAGAGAUCUCUUGAACAAGAAUCCAGAAAAGAAACAUGAGUUGAGAGAAGGAGCAGAAGGUGUUUAUGUACAAGAUCUUUCGUCGUAUAUAUGUAGAAAUGUUAAAGAAAUUGAAAGAAUUAUGACACGUGGAAACCAAAAUAGGAGUAUUGGUACUACUAAUAUGAAUGAAAGAAGUUCUCGAUCACAUGCCAUUUUCAUGAUUACGGUAGAGAUGGGCCCAACUGUUGACAGCUGUCAGAAGAUGGUCAAAGUUGGAAAAUUGAAUCUGGUAGAUCUUGCUGGAAGUGAGAAACAAUGUAAAACUGGAACAAAGGGUGAAAGAUUGAAAGAGGCUACAAAGAUAAAUUUGUCAUUGUCUGCACUAGGCAAUGUAAUUUCUGCUUUAGUGGAUGGAAAGAAUUCUCAUAUACCAUACAGAGAUUCUAAACUUACAAGGUUGUUACAAGAUUCUCUUGGUGGAAAUUCUAAAACCUUGAUGGUGGCAAAUAUAGGCCCAGCUAGCUACAAUUAUGAUGAAACACUUACAACACUGAGAUAUGCCAAUCGUGCCAAAAACAUUAAGAAUCAGCCCAGAAUUAAUGAAGAUCCUAAAGAUGCCCUGCUGCGUGAAUAUCAAAUGGAAAUAGCUCGACUCAAGGCGCAGUUAGCAGAGCGUGCCAGACAGAGAGAUCUUUUAGUUUCAGCAGAAGAUACUGGCAAAGAUGACUUGUCAGAGUCUAGUGAUGAAAUGUCAGAUGAUCAAAUGGACAACAAGGAUACAGACAAUUUGGCUGAAACUCUUGAGAAAAAGAAGGUAUUGCUGUCUUCAAAAAAACUCAGUUCAAAACAUCUUGAAUCACAGAUACGUGAAAUGGAAAGCAGAUUACUUUGUGGAGGAAAAAAUAUAAUUGAUCACACAAAUGAACAGCAGAAAGCAUUAGAAAUGCACAACCAGGAGAUAGCUGAACGCAAGAAAAAAGAAGUAGAAAUGAGACAAAAACUUGAAGAACAGGCAGAUACUGCUUAUGACAUAAGAGUUACAUAUGAGAACCUUGUACAUGAAGUUGAGUUUAAAACAUUGAAAUUAACAAAACUGUUUGCUAAGAUGACUGAUGUCAAACAGGAAAUAAAAGAUGUUGCUGAAGAAUAUAAUAGAGAAAGGCGUGAGCUUCAGAUGGAGCAAGAUCUUUUGUUAAAGGAACUGAAGGUGAAAUAUUUGAUCAUUGAAAAUUUCAUUCCUCCUGAUGAAAAAAACAAACUUCUCCAAAGAAUUUGCUAUGAUCGUGAAAACAAUACAUGGGAAUUGUUGCCACUAGUACCAGAUAACAUAGUACUAGAGAAAAGACCUGUUUCAAGCGAAAAUGAACGCCGCCCUGUUUCAGAUUAUGGUCGAGUUGCAAUUAAAGUUGGAAGCUGUAGUCGAUAUCAGGGUGAAAAUAUUUUAAGUUUGGACAUCGAAUCACACACUAGAACUACAAGUGAUUAUCAAGGGCCAGUAGUUGCACCAAAAAUUCAGGCAUUGCUUGAAGAAGCACUGCGAGAUGAAGGGGAUCUUGAAUUUGAUGCUUCAAGUAUAAAUUACCAUUAUUCAACAAAAACCAAAACUGCCCGGAAAGAUAAACAUACUAGAUCUGCUAAAGUCAGAGGGAGAUUCUUGAAGACUGCAUUGGACCAAGCAACGAAUGUUACAGUUUCCGGUGCUGUGUUCCCAAAAGCCCGGGGGCUUGUACCCAAAUAAACUUCAUCAAAGUGCCCACAACUAUGAAAAAAAUUGUAAAUAUGAACAAUUUUUUAUGUUCUUCUGAGGCUUUCCAAAUAUUUUAUUUGUCAUUGAGUGCCACUUUGCCUUAAAAUAUGAAGUGUUAGAAACACCUACUAAAAAGUAAGACAUCGCACCAUAAGUUACACUUUGCAGCUGAAUUAUUUCUACAGUUUCAGUGGCAUUAUUUAUGCCAUAAUUUUUACCAGUCUAGUCAACACUAAGAAAGUGUCAUAAUUUAUUAUUCAAAUGCUUUUGCAUUAAUGUAUUUAUUUGUAAAUAGGCUUAUUAUACGUUGUUGUGUUUGAUUUGAUCUCAAUUUUGUAAUACUCAAGAUAAAUAGAAUGCUUAACUUUGUGUUUUUCUUAUUGAAGUCCCAAUUUUUCAAUUAUGUUCAGCUAUAAUAUUCUCAUUCAAUUUUAUGAACAUAUUUAUAUAAAAUGAACAAUAAUUUGCUGUCACCAGUGCAAAACAUACAAUGAAAUAAGCAGUUAACUGCAGAAAAUGGCAGUGUUUCUAUUGACUUUCAAUGCACACAUCAUAUCAAAGUACAUAAAAGAAGUGUUUAUCAGCUUGA